CCAACGCCUGGCGCUUUCCAUUGGGGCAUUGAAUUGAGGCUUAUGGCACCCUCGGUAUAGAAUUUCGCUUCUUUUUCUUUUCCGUUUUGGUAAAGACGUUGAGCAGGCUGGUUGAGGAGGUCUUUCAUCAAGCAGUCAGUGUGCGUAAACAUGCCACCCAGAAACAAAGACUCUAAAGGGCGCAUCAUCCACGCUUCCAAGUCUCAAGACCAAGAUUGCUAUGAAGGGGAACGUCUCGAUCGUCUGCUCCAAUCAAUUCAGAGAAAGAUAGAGUCAGCAAGACUUAUGAUGGAUGAUAGCAUGUGUUUACCCGAAAAGAUGUGGUUCAAGCAACAAUUUGCAAUAGGGGUGAAUGAAGUCACUCGUGUCCUUGAACGCAUGCCACCAGUGACACCGCCAUUGACGCCAUUGGCCCCAGGCUUAGCUUCUAAUCGUACUAAAGCACCAUACAUUGGGCUUCAGGCUGUUCUGAUAGCUUCUGAUUGCAAUCCACGAUGGCUGUCAAAGCAUCUGCCAAGCUUGGCCCUGUCAAGGAAGGUCCCCUUGAUCUUUCUCAAAGAUAACAAGGGAGCUUCUUUAAGAUUGGGUCAACUUGUUCAACUUAAAACUGCCAUUGCCAUUGGAGUUAAGGCCAAAGGAAAUGCCAUUAAUCAACUUAUUGACGAAAUUCUCCGCGGCAAUACAAUUCGACUUGGAAUUGAAUGCCUCAACUCGACUCCAGUGCUUACAACGGCACAUGGGCAAGUCCAGAGAUGAGGCUCCUUUCCUUUGUAGAUGUUGAAGAAAGCAGUCUUUCUUUGGUCAUGUUUCAGUGGCUUGUCCAAAUAAUCAUAUGAAUGACUGACUGUGUAGUUAACUUGUUACAUAUUACUGGCCAUUUCUUGAA